AUCUCUUCGACACUUCACCAAACUGCCACACUCGUCGUCUUCGUCUCUUUCCUUCCUUCCCGUCGCUUCCGCGGAUCGAAACCCUAGCAAACCCCUGCCUCUGCACGCGAUCCAUCGGCCAUGGCUUCCGCCCUCGGAGCCCAGGUGGCUGUCGCGGUGCCGAUCGGUCGCCACCCGAGGAGUUCUUCGCUCAAGGGUAAUAACUCCUGCAAUAGUUCAUGGCCCCGAAAGUUAGCAUGGGAACACAAGACCCUGCAAUCAAGACAUAUGAAGAUCCUUUGCAUGUCCGUACAACAAGCGAGCAGAAGUAAAGUUGCAAUAAAACCUCUGGAAUUGGAGAAUGCAAAGGAGCCACCCCUCAAUUUGUACAAACCAAAGGGACCUUACACAGCCUCAAUUGUCUCUGUGGAGAGAAUUGUAGGUCCUAAAGCUCCUGGUGAAACAUGUCAUGUUGUCAUUGAUCAUGGUGGCAAUGUUCCGUACUGGGAAGGACAAAGUUACGGUGUCAUUCCUCCAGGAGAGAACCCUAAGAAACCUGGGGCCCCAAAUACCGUCCGGCUCUAUUCUAUUGCAUCUACCAGAUAUGGUGAUUCUUUUGAUGGAAGGACUGCUAGUCUGUGUGUUCGCCGUGCUGUUUAUUAUGAUCCUGUAACUGGAAAAGAAGACCCUUCCAAGAAGGGUAUCUGCAGUAACUUCCUAUGUGACUCAAAACCGGGUGACAAAAUUCAGAUCACAGGCCCCGCAGGAAAAAUAAUGCUUCUUCCUGAGGAUGACCCAAAUGCAAGUCAUAUCAUGAUUGGAACUGGCACUGGUGUCGCUCCUUUCCGUGGCUACCUACGUCGUAUGUUCAUGGAAGAUGUCCCUGCUUUCAAGUUUGGUGGUCUGGCUUGGCUCUUCCUUGGUGUUGCCAACACUGACAGCCUUCUCUAUGAUGAAGAAUUCACAAACUACCUUCAACAGUAUCCAGAAAAUUUCAGGUAUGACAAAGCACUAAGCCGGGAGCAGCAGAACAAGAGUGGCGGCAAGAUGUAUGUGCAGGACAAGAUUGAGGAGUACAGCGAUGAAAUCUUCAAGCUUCUGGAUAGUGGUGCGCACAUCUACUUCUGUGGUUUGAAGGGCAUGAUGCCUGGGAUCCAGGACACACUCAAGAGAGUAGCUGAGCAAAGAGGUGAGAGUUGGGACCAGAAGCUGUCACAGCUGAAAAAGAACAAGCAAUGGCAUGUGGAGGUUUACUAGGAUACCGUGUCAUGGAUUCUGAUUUUUUUCACCGCGAGAUGGAAAACAUAAUUGAUGAUUGAAUUGUUCUGACCGCAUUGUAAA